UAUCAAAUGCUGCAGAUACUGUUAUAUUUCUCGCAUCAAAUACCACACCCUUUAGUUGAGCGAAAGUAGACCUAGUUUUAAGUGUUUUGGCAAGUUAAUUUAUUUGUUACCAUGUUGAUGUGUGAUCGUCAAAAGAUUUUAGGGGAGGGAGGGUUUGCCACUGUUUUCGAAGGUACUUGGGGUGGAGUGAAAGUGGCAGUCAAACGAAUUCUUUUAGGGCAUGCCGCAACAACGGAACAAGAAGAGAAGGCCCUGAAAAUGUUGGAUCAUGUCAACGUCAUCAAAUUAUUUCACGUGGAGGAGGAUCAAGACUUUAAAAUGUUCGUCCUUGAAUUGUGUGAUGCUUCUAUGGACAAGCUAUUUCUCAAAGAAAAUGACCCAGAAAAAUACCGUGGGCAAAUGCCGCCAGAAACAGAAGUCCUACUUCAAUUGGCUAAAGGACUCGAGUAUAUUCAUCAAAUGGGAUUAGUCCAUCGCGACAUCAAGCCACAGAACGUACUCAUCCGUUUGGAUACUACAACCCAACAAGUGGUGAUGAAAUGGGCAGAUUUCGGUUUCAGUAAACGUGUCAACGAAAGGGGAACUUUCACCAUGAGCGAUGUUAGAGGAACAUACGAUUAUUUCGCACCGGAAAUAUUGAAAUUAUUGGACGAGGACAGCUCUCCUGAAAAUGAAGUUCAGAAAAGAGGAACAGUCAAGAGCGAUGUAUUUGCCGAAGGCCUCGUCUUUGGCUACUUCCUUUCGAAAGGGGUUCAUCCAUUUGGCUCCUCAAGUUAUGAAAUUGGAAAGAACGUACGUACAAAGAAACCUAUCAACCUCCCCAGGACAGAAAUUCGCGAUUUGUUGAAAGAAAUGUUCGAAAAAAACCCAAAUCAUCGAGUUGAAUCAUCUACUGUAGUUCAAAAACUACAAGAAAUCCCAGUACUCAUGAUGUUCACUUUACUCAAGAGAAAAAAUCGAAGCGUGGAGGAAAUCGAAAAACUGAUAAAAGAAGGUGUGAAUAUCAAUGCGAAAAAUAGAAGAGAAAUGACACCGCUAUUACGCUUAGCAGAGAGCAAAAAUAAUAGUGAUAAUUUAGAAAUAUUUAGUCUCUUGAUCCAACACGGAGCCAACGUCAAUUCAGUAGACAGGAAGGGUAAAAAUGCUCUCCUUUUGUGGUGCGAAAAUCAUCGACCACAUGAAAACCAAAGUUUUUUGGCAAUCAUCAAUCUCUUCCUUGCAAAUGGGAUUGAUAUCAAUUGCAAAGACAAAUACGGAGAUAAUGCUCUCACUUUAUUGUGCGAACAUUAUAAAAACGAAAAUUUAAUUGACAUUAUUCAAAUUUUAAUCCAACACGGAAUCGAAGUCAAUUGCAAAAACAACGACGGAGACAAUGCGCUUACUUCCUUGUGCCGCCAUUAUGAAAAGGAAAAUUUAAUUGACAUCAUUCGAGUUUUGAUUGAAAAUUGGAUCGACAUCAAUUGCAAAAACCUAUCCGGAAAUAAUGCUCUCAAUUUACUGUGCGAAAGUUAUGAAAAAGAAAAUUUAAUCGACAUAACUCGACUUUUAAUUGAAAGGGGGAUCAUCGUCGAUUGCGAAAACGAAGACGGAGAUAAUGCACUCACUUUAUUGUGCGAACAUUAUACAAACAAAAAUUUAAUUGACAUUACUCGACUUUUAAUUGAAAAGGGGGUCGAAGUCAAUUGCAAAAUCGAAGACAAAGAUAAUGCUCUCACUUUAUUGUGUCGUUUUUAUCAAAAUGACGAUUUAAUUGUCACAAUUCGACUUUUAAUUGAACAGGGGAUUGACAUCAAUUGGAAAAACGAAAACGAAGAUAAUGCUCUCAUUUUAUUGUGCGAAAAUUAUAAAAGCGAAAAUUUAAUUGAUAUUAUUCGACUUCUAAUUGAAAAUGGAAUCGACAUCAAUUGGAAAAAUGAAGACGAAGAUGAUGCUCUCACUGUUUUGUGCAAUAAUUAUAAAAACGAAAAUUUAAUUGACAUAACUAAAUUUCUAAUUAAAAGUGGAUUCAAUGUGACUAAAGAAACGCGUGACUACUUCCAGAGAAAUUAUGACGAAGAAAAUCGCAAUGAAGUCUUGCAAUUACUAAAUCCACCAACAAAAGGGCUCAGAAACGUGGCUUGGUGUUAUUUGUUCUGAAUAUUUUAUUAACCUGCAAAGUUGGUAACAUAUAAACAUGUCAGUUUGUCAUCUGUUUUGUCGUCUUAAUUUGAACACAAUCUUGCCUUAAUGUGUAUAUCAAAAAGAUGAAUAUUAAAAACUGAAUUACUAAUCAACAAAUAAACUAAUGAGCACCUAAGUCUCAUUAAUAAAAAUCUUCA